UGAUUGCUUCAUCGCAUCCGACUGAUUUCCACGCCAAAACACGCUUGCAUCAUUCAAAAUGAGAAUCUGGGAAUAUUACAGAGACUUUCAACGUGUUGAUUCCAUCUGAACCGCUUCACUCCAGAGUCCUUGCUCGUCAUGGACAGGCCGGACUUCCUGGGCUUGUCGAGCCAAACACCGCAACGCGUGGUCUCAUUUCCAGCCUCGCAGUCGCUGCACGCGUCUACCGCGUCGGCCACCACCGCCAUUUCCACGGGUCUUGCUCGUCUAGACGAGGCGCUGUGUCCGUCGUCGCUGGAUGAUUUCUCCGGCGUUGCCCAUCAAGAGGCCAAGGGAAUUCCAGGGGGUCAUGUCACGGAGGUCUUCGGGCCUCCAGGCGUCGGCAAGACCUCUCUUGCACUUAAUCUCCCAAAACCUCCUCUACAUCCAAACCCGCACCCUCCCCCACCUCCUCUCCCUCCUCCACCACCCCCUCAAACCUUCCCACCCCCCAACACCACCCUCCUAAUCAUCGACUCCAUCUCCGCCCUCUUCCAACCCUACUACCCAGCCCCCUCAGACCUCAAAUCCCGCCUCUCCACCCCCCGCACCGACAGAUCGCAGCUCUCCUGGCUCCUGAACCGCAGAUGGAACGUCACCAGCGACCUGGCGUCCCAGUUGUCCAAACUAGCCGCUACGCAUAGCAUGGCCGUCAUGGCGCUGAACCAGAUGCAUACGCGCAUCAAGGGCCUGCCGCGCGCGACACUGACGCCGGUCCUUGCAGGUGGAGGCUGGGAGACGGGGGUGUUUGCGAGGGUGGGGAUUUAUAGGGAUUUUGUGCGGGAGGGUCAGUACCCUGAUGCUAAUGCAGGUCGAGAUGGGGAUAGCAAUGAAGCAGGGCAGGCGGGGAGAUUGAGGAGGGUCAGGUUUGCAGAGGUGAUGAAGCGGAAUGGGAGGGCUGUGCUGGUUAGGAGGGAGGAGGAUACCGUGGUGCCGUUUUUGAUUGAGAUGGAUGGUCUUCAUGCGUUGGAUGAACCGGCUUCUUCGCGGAGAGUGGAAACGCAGAAGGUUGUUCCGGAGCCGGAAUUGGAAUUACCACAGACAUCGGAACCGGACUCGGGACUGAGGAAGGAGACAGAGCAGGAACAUGGACAGGAACCUGCAAAAGAACGAACGCCGGAGCCUGAGUUGGAGAGAGAACCGCUGCAAAACGUACAGCAUCAACGAGAGCAGGAGACAGAACCAGAGCAAGAGAACGAACCAGAACAAUCGCUACAAGGACAACAAGUCCAGCAAGAACCAACCGACUCCCUUGACACUACACGAAAACGAAAGGUCGACGAGAUCGCAGACAGCCAGGACGAAGAUUCGGACGGGGAGUUUGGGUGGAACGAAGACGACGAUGCGGGAUUGCUAGAAAGACACUAGCAAAC